AUGGAGUCGAUGCUUUCAAUUACCAAUUAUUUCCAUCCAAUAUUUAAGAAAAGAUUAGUGAAAAAUCAGCCAAAGGCAAAGAUAAUAUCGAACGGAAUUCUUCAAAAAAUUGAUCCCCAAAUUAUUCCUAAAGAGAUUCAUUCAGAAGAAAAUCCUAUACCGCAUUAUGCCAGUGUUUACGAACAGAAGAAUAUUCCUUCAUUGAAGAAUAACAGUCAAACAAUUACUGAGUCCAACACAAGUAUCUAUACUGAAAUACCUAUUUCAUCAAACUGUGCAAAUAUCUCAUUUCCAAUCUGUUCAAAAUUGGCAGUCAAAGAUUUUCUAUUGAAACGAUAUCGAACAAAUUUAAAUCAAAAAUCUUCAAUACCUGUUGUACCACUAAUCCCACCUCAUUCAUAUAAAUUGUCUGGUCGAGAAGUGAGUGAAGAGAUUUCGCCAAACCAUGCGGAUUGCGCACAAAUGCAGAUUCCUCACAGAAAGCGGCAUAUUUCGUUUAUUGAAAAUGUUUGCGAAAAUAAUCGAAAAGUGCAAGAGUUCAAUAAGAGAAUUAAGUUUAGUUCUGGUGAUAAAAAAAUCGACGAUUCAAUAUUGGUCAUUCCAAAUGACGCCAAAUCUGUAGAAAAUGUACAGAGUUUGUCAUGUUCAGAAAUAAUGAAGGAAUCUGAUAUUUUAGAAGCUGCCUGUGCUACUGGUCAAUAUGGUAGUGUUCGAAAUAGGAGGAAAGAACAUAAAGAACAUGGGUUUUAUUCCUAUCCCGAAGACGAGAUAGAGUUCUAUCUCUUUUGGCAUGGCCAACCUGUCAGAAAACCUGAUGGCUGCUGA